UCAUUGUCUGUUGCAACAUUUGUUGAUUAAUCAUGGAAAUGGACGAGACACUCAUAUUUCAAUCAGUUGUUUGUUUCCUGUGGCUUGUUUACCUCUGGGAAACAUAUCUUUCAUCUCGCCAGAGAAAUGUCUACAAGACAGCCAAGAAGGUGCCAAGUGCCCUGGAAGAUGUGCUCGACGUCGAGACAUUUGAGAAAGCUCGGUUGUAUCAAGUGGACAAGAGUAACUUCAGCUUCUAUCAUGACUUGUACUCUCAGAUUGAAUCAACGUUGAUCCUAGUGUUUGGGGGGAUGCCCUUUGUGUGGUCUGUGGCUGGAGGGAUGAUCGCCAGACAUGGAUAUGGACCAGACUACGAGAUCCUACAGUCAGUGGUGUUCACCAUCAUUUGGAUGCUGUACUCGACCUUCACCUCUCUACCAUGGAGUUUGUACAGUACAUUCGUUAUUGAAGAAAAGCAUGGCUUCAACAAACAGACAGUAGGUUUCUUCUUCAAAGAUCAGGCCAAGAAGUUUGUGGUGAUGCAAUUGAUAACACUGCCCAUCACUGCCUCACUCGUCUACAUCAUCAAGGCCGCCGGAGACUACUUCUUCAUCUAUGCCUGGCUGUUCACACUCAUUGUCUCACUGAUGCUGAUCACGAUCUAUGCUGAUUACAUUGCGCCACUGUUUGACAAGUUUACUCCCCUACCCGAUGGACCACUACGGAAUCACAUCGAAAAAUUGGCUGACAGUAUUGCCUUCCCUCUCAAGAAGCUCUAUGUUGUUGAAGGCUCCAAGCGUUCCUCUCACAGUAAUGCCUACUUCUACGGGUUCUUCAAGAACAAGCGUAUUGUGUUGUUCGACACCCUCCUGGAAGGUUACAAGUCUGAGGAAGAGAGGAAGAAGGAGGAAGAGAAGAAGCAGGAGGAAGAGAGGAAGAAGGAGGAAGAGGCAGCCGCAGGGGAUGCUGAGACCAAGGAGGAAUCGGCGGAAGAGGAGGAGAAGAAAGAAGAGGAGACAGAGAAGAAGGAGAAGAGGAAGCAGGGCUGUAAUGAUGAGGAAGUGUUGGCCGUCCUGUCUCAUGAGCUGGGCCACUGGAAACUCAGCCAUAACCUGAAAAAUCUCCUCAUAUCACAGGUGAACAUGUUCCUGUGCUUCAUGGUGUUUGCCAUGCUGAUCAACCGAAAGGACCUGUUCAUAGCGUUCGGCUUCAACACGCAACCAAAGCUCAUCGGACUGUUCAUCAUCUUCCAGUUCAUCUUCUCUCCUUAUAAUGAGAUUUUAUCGUUCCUUAUGACAAUGCUGAGCAGAACAUUCGAGUUCCAAGCAGAUGCAUUCGCAAAAACCCUACACCGAGCCACAGCCCUCAAGUCAGCCCUCGUCAAGCUCAAUAAAGACAAUCUUGGUUUCCCGGUUUCUGAUUGGCUGUUCUCAACAUGGCACUACUCUCAUCCUCCAUUGCUGGAGAGGUUGAAGGCCUUGGAUGCUAAAAGCAAAUCUGACUGAUCAGAGACUAUCGUUCCUGUUGAAGUGUGAAAGCUAUGUUCAUCCUCUCUGGAGACUGUGUGUUCAGAUAGCCUUGAAAUUUUGGUAUUUAAAACAUAAUCAUCAAAAAGUUUUAAAUGUUUUUCUUUAUUAUGAGGUUCAUCAGAAAUGUGUUUUGUGAAAACAAUUGCUAAUGGUCAAGUAAGUAGUCUUGUUUCACUCUAAUAAUUUGUAAAAAAAUAUUAGCUCUUUUACUAUUCGUAUCAUAAUUUAGGAGGAAGAGUUAUCUUUCUUUGCCAAAGCUACGAUUUCUACAAAGUUUGAAAUUAUAAAGAAAUCCUUAUGCAUAGUCAUUUUAGAAUUUAAUGGUUAUUACUCAUCUAUAAAUUUUGGCAGUUUAAAAACCUUUUAGAAGUUAUAGAAAAAAUGUAGAUCACGUGUAUAAAUACCCUUAUUUUCAAGUCCAGGCAAAUGGAACAUGUUUUGAGAGCAGUGCUUCUAGUCUCUUGCAACCGUUUCAUUUAACGUGGUGUAAAAAAUGUCACAGUAAUCUAUGGAAUAUAUGAGAGGCAUAAGUGUCAUUUUCUGCUUUUGUUUUGUCAAAACUAGUUGUUACUGUGUUAUUGUGUUUUGUCAUGCUUUGAAUUUGUGGCUAUUUUUGUUAAAUUAUCAACAAACACAAAAUGGAUUUGGCAUUUAGAUUGACAUUAUUGUUUGAUCUCAUUGUGGGAAAAAGACAUUAACUUUUACUGCAUAUCACAGUAUAACCUAUUCAGAUUUCUGACGCUCUAUCCAAAUUUCAGUUUCCUAUUUGUGUAUGGUGAGCUAAUUGCAAUGUCAACCACACUUCUUGUUUCAUGAAAAGCAAAGUUUAGCAGGGAGGAUCAAAAUCAAAAUUAAUAUGUUCCUCAUCCAUCAAAGACAAAGAUGUGGUUAAUGAUAACAAAUUUUAACUAUUUCCAUCCUUUUCUAUUUUACUGGCUUUUUGAUCCAGUUGAAUAAAAAAAGUAGAAACUAAAAUGGUUUCAAUUAAAUUUAUUAUCAUGCAAUAGCAAUCCCUCCCACAUUAUUUUUAAAAAUUCAGAAUCUAGUUUGUGUGAGUGUUGUAUGAUUAGUAUUGGUAGGCGCCUGCUUAAAUAUUUCUCUGGGACCACUUAAUAGAAUUUGAUUGGACUGUGAAAGGUUCUUCAUCCAAUCAGAAUCAGGCUUGCAAAUGCUAUGGGCAGUUUGAUGUGGAAGACAUGAGCAUCAUGUGAAACUGUGUGAAUGAAUUGCAUUUUGAAGACAGAUGGAAAAAGGGACACUUUUAUUGUGGGAUUGUUUUUUGUGAGUUACAGAACAGAAAGGACCUACUCCCUAACCGAUAACAUGAUAUAUUUUUUUCUAAAAUCUUUUGUUUUAUUACCAUGUAUUUUAUGUUACCUUCAGCAUCAAACCAAAUCAGUGUACAAGGUCAGCACUCAGAUAAAUUAUGACAAGAGACAUAAAAUGAGGCUGCAUGUAUCCCGAUAACAUGGCGCAAUAAGAUCCACAUCCCGAUACAGUAGUUUUAUUUCAUAAUAUGCUCGGCCUUUCUGCUAGUGAAUCACAACCUUGAAUUAUUUGUUUUUUUUAAUCUCAGAGAAGGUAUAUUAAGGGGAGAAACAUAAGAAUUUAGGGGCACUGUGUACAUUCUGCCAACCGGGAAAUACUGGAGAAUCUAAAGUGGCUCUUGAACAGGUUCUGUUAUUGUUCAUGUUUACAUGAAUAAAUCUUGUAAUGUAAUAUGUAUCGCGAUACAAGAGAUGCUGUCACUGUAUCGUAUUGUGAUUCUCUUGUUGUGAUACUAUACUGUAUUACUGUAUCACUACAUCUGAUUAGGACUUUGUGUAUUCUGCCGCUUGAAACUAAUCUCCUGAAACCAGCUGUGAAAAGACAUUUGUAUUUCUGUUCAUUCAAUUUCAUCAAAAUUUCAGGUUUUUACCUAAAUUAAUAAAAUGUCUUCGUUUCUGUAGUUUGGGGAUAAAUUGAGGGGAUACUGUUCCACAGCACUCUUUGACAAUUUGUGGUUGAAACCUCCAGGCGACCAAAACUGUUUGUGAUCAUGGAGAUCCACAAAAACACACUGAGGUUGUGUAUGUUUUGUUUAUUUACAUGUAUCAUGUGUGUACUGUGUACAGGGUUGUCUGUAACUCUCACUCUGUACAGAAUUCUUUGUCAUCUAUCAAAAUAAACAUGCCAGUUUCACAACUAUCAA